AUGUGUGAAGCGUUCUCACGUCGGCCAAUAAACGAUCUCGGAGCCUACAUUGACCGAUUAGUUGAAACACUAGUAGUAAACGGUACGGGUAGCCAACAACAUUCGAAGCGUGUUCCAACACCAAGCGACCAACUACUUAGGGAAAGUCCACCUGAUUUGCCUUUAUCGUACAAUCAGAUCAACUGCCUCGAGAAUGUACAUCGUCUUCUCAAGUCCCAGUCUUUUUCUGAUACUCAAAAAAAAUGCGAACAGGAGGAGAACUUAGUGUCUUCAACGACGGCGUCGGUGCCACUAACCCGUGAAGUCCUGCAAGCGCAUACCAGACGUUGGGAAGAACAGUACCGCAACACUUGGCAACGUCGUCUUAAGCGAAUAUCAAAUUUACGCCCUUCUUCCAGCCGUACACCGUCAGUAGAUUGGCCAGCAUGGAAGCGCGAGAAUAGUCAUUGUAAUUUGGCACCAAAUCCGCCACCACCUCCUGGGAUGAACUUUCAGGUGAAGAAUCAAGUCAAUCUCCAUAUUUAUCGGGUAGCUCCCAUUGCGCUGUCGAUCCAGAACCAUAGCUCCGUAAUUCAGACACCGUACGACCUUCAGUGUACCUAUGGAACCAAACCGCUAUCGCUCAAGCAUCAUACGGAAGAUUCGCGCUUGUUGUCAGAAAGUGCAUAG